AUGUCGCUGAUCAGCUUCUACGAGAACAGUGCUAUCGCUGCCGCCAACGUGAAAUGCGACCGGGCCAGCCCGUGUGGUCACUGUAUCAAAGUUGGGACACAAUGCUCAUACGCAAGCGGCCCCAAGCCGAGAGAAAGACGGCAGAGGGUCAUGGUCUCGAAGACAUAUGAUGUCAAAUUGGAUGAAAUAUCGAGGAAAAUCGACGAUCUCAGCCAGAGAGUGAGCCAGUUGAGUCAUGCGCCAACAAAAAGUAGUAUCUAUCAACCCAUAGACUUUGCAGACUCUAUCAACAUCAACCAGGGGGAGCGCUGCUUACCCUCCUCGUUUGGACUAACGCCAUCGUCUCCCUCACCAGGCUCUAUACCAACCCAAGAGUCCCUGCCGUACAAUCCCACCGGCGUAGGUGUUCGUGAAGUGCAAGACAGCUCGUCUAAAGUGGAGUACGAGGGCGAAUCGUCGCUGUUCGCCCACGCCGUCUUCGCAUGUCGGUUUCUGCAGAAUGCCAUUGACAACACGGCCAACGCCGAGGUCGCCCACGAAAUGCAAGCCGUUCUCAACGGCCUCAGGGUUGCCGUUCAUUCUGGGAAGCAGCAGUCUGAUACGCUCGAUACACUCUAUACUCAAGCCAAGUCGAUCCCACCUGGCUCGACAACGCGCAACCUCACUCUACCGCCCAUCGACAAGGUGUUCAUGUGCUUGCGUAUGGCCCGAGAAAACCCGCAAGUGGCCACGCUGUGGUUGGGGGACUUUAUUAGGCCUAGCCAGUUCAACGACUACUUUAUCAAAGUCGCAUCGCCUGGUCCAGCUACCGAAGCUGACUUGAUCAUCGUCCACUGCGGUCUGUGCUGGCUGUUCUGCGAAUGCUCCAAAGUCGUCGCUGACGAAGACACGAAGCACGAUUACCACGCACAAGCUUCCAUGUGCGAGGCGAACCUCGAGACUGUCCUUGCAAACCUUCGCUUUCAUCAGCCAACAAAUGUGGACUUUGCAUAUGCGAUGGGCAUGGCGUCGUUGUAUUGCCUUCAGAAGAACAAGCCAUCUGCCGCGUGGCAUUUCGUCAAUUCGGCCUCCCAUAUGGUGCAGGCUCUUGGCUUGCAACAUAAUGUUCCUACGGGCACAGAGGGGCCAGAAGGGAAGGCCCAGAUGAGGAACUUAUUCUCCACCAUAUACGUGACGGAGAAGAUGCUGUCGCUGCGCCUAGGUCGCUCAUCGACCUUCCGAGAUCAGGACAUCACCCUGAGCGGCAUCGGUAUGGAACGUCCCAACGGUUCUUUUUUGGCCGAACUGGCCCCCAGUUGGAUGAGAAUGGCCAGCAUACAGGGCCGGAUAUACGACGACAUUUACAGUCCAGGAGCCCUCAAGCAACCUGCGCACAUCCGGACGUCUCAUGCCCGGGCUCUUGCGUCAGAGUUGAAAACUGCCAUGCAGCAUGCGCAAGACAUCCAUGACCAUUAUGAGGCGAGCAAAGGGCAAGUGCUCGGACUGGAUUACCACGAAAUUGCAAGACGUUCCGAUCGAGUCAUCGGCCUUUCUAUGCUUACGCUCAUCUACCGAAGCAUCGCCCCUGAGAAACCAUCAACGUCCACAUUUUGUCAAGAAUGCAUCGAUGCCGCCAGAGACACCCUCCAGGAACACGACCGAUGCGUCGCGGUCAUAACAAAGGCGCGAGGGAAAACGGUGUUCCUUGAAUCAUACCUUAACUGGUUCGUUAUGGAUGAUGCCCCGUUCCGUUGUCGACCAGAUUAUUCUGACAUGGUGGUGCAGGACCAUCACCCAGUCUCCCUUCAUCCCCUUCAUCAUCCUGUUUUGCCACAUCAUCGAACGCCCGAGGUCUCAGACCUCGAGCACAUGAGAGGUCUCGUCGACACGCUCGAGUCUACAUCAAACUCCCACGCACAUAGCACAUGCAGCAAGCAACGUCGCCUCUUCAGGGCGUUGUACGACGUCGCAGCCAAAUAUGUCGAGGUCAAAUCCCGCGCGGACGGGGGGCCAGGCGAGAUGUCGUGGUCGAUGACUCGGCAGGAGUAUGCCGAUGCGUUCGGCGCGACGAUCUCAAACGUUCUUGGGCUUGGUACAUUAAACUCUAUAGCAAUUGUGGGAGACCCGGGGACCACAAAUACUUCGGGUGCUCCUGGUCACAUGGCAUCGCAUGACGAGGCUAAUGGAGAUAGAAUGGGGCUUGUAGAUGGGCUGGGCGAGCCCACAGCAUUACAGAACACGGCAUUUGCGGAUGAGGAUAUGGAGAUGGAUCUCUCGGGAGCUCAGCUUUGGGACUGGUUCACCAAGAACCAGGCCAUCAUGAGGAUGCUUGAGGAUACAUAA